CAGGGAUAUCUCUAACUGCCGCACGUUACAGAUGCUUCCACCGGCAUUAACAAAUAGCCAACUCCGUUAAAUCCUUACCAAUAAUUCUUUGAAUUACUCAGAAUUUCUCCGCAUUUAAGCCUUCGGUAUUAUAAAUCUUAUUGUUUUCGCUGUCGGCGACGGCGGCGCGCCCCCGCCAGCGUCGCCGACAAAAGUGGGGACUCUCCGCUCCCGUCUAGAUCUAGAGAUCGGCCUCGUCGGCGACGCUGGCUAUAAGAACCGACCUCGUCCACGCCGUUGAAGCUCUCCUUUUUUUUCUGUAUCCUACAUCACAAACACUCUCAUACCCUCAAGACUCUUUUACAAUCAAGAAACCACAAUUUCCUCACCUACUGAAGAUCUUACACACCUCCCUUACCGCCCACAAUCACAAUGUCUGCCUUCAAGUACACCAACAAACUCCAAAACGCCCGCGUCCUAGUUGUUGGCGGUUCCUCUGGCAUGGGCUUCGCAGUUGCCGAAGCAGCUGUUGAACAUGGCGCCAUCGUCACCAUCGCUAGCUCUACCCAGGCCAAGCUCGACAAGGCGGUUGCUCGUCUACAGGAGCACGCCCGCGCCGUCAAUGUCUCCCCCGAUACCAUUACCUCUGCGGUGGUCGAUUUGUCCAAGGCUGAUACCAUUGACGAGCAGGCCAUCAAGAUGCUUGACGUGGCUACCAAGGAUGGAAAGCUGGAUCACAUUGUUUUCUCGGCCGGAGACAGCUUCACCCCCAAGCCUCUUCCUGAAGUCAGCGUCCAGGAAUACCAGCAGCUGAUGAUGGUGCGAGCCAUGGCCCCCAUGGUCAUUGCCAAAUAUGUGAACAAAUAUAUGAACGUCAGCACCAAGAGCUCCAUCACAGUUACUAGUGGCACUGUUUCCUGGCGUCCCCCCCGUGGCUGGGCCACAAUUGCCGCUGUCGGCUCCAUGAUUGAGGGUCUCACCCGCGGCCUCGCGUCUGAUCUUCGCCCUGUCCGUGUAAACUGUGUUACUCCCGGUGUAAUCCGCACCGAAAUGUUUGACGGAAUGCCCGCGGAGCACUUGCCGAUGAUCAUGGAUACCAUGGCCAAGGAGUCUAUCCUCGGUACUGUCGGCACCCCACAGGAAAUUGCUGAGGCCUAUCUAUACUGUAUGAAGGAUUCAUUUGCCACUAGCAUCGUUAUUGAAUCCAGCGGUGGCCGUCUGGUUGGCGACUCCAAGCCGGACAUGUUUGGCAACUAAGAAUGUAUCCGGUUUUUGGUACUAUGUUCCUUUGAUAGACUUUCAUAGAUUUACGAAUUUAACG